GGCACAGAGGAAAAGCGAGGGGUCUUGACGCCAGAAAGGCGCCAUCUUGGUUAAGGGAAGAAGUAGGGGCCUUACGGACUCGUCAGAGGAAAGACAGUAAAGCGCCGGCAUCUCCGCUUUCCUCGGAAGCCUCCUUUUACCAAGCAGAAAGGGUUUCCCAUGGGGCCGCCCCUGGCGGCGCGCCCAGCCCAUGUAACCGGGGAGACCCGGCCUCGGCGCACGCUGGAAAGCAGGCCGGGAGCCGUGAGCUUCGCAGACGUGGCUGUGUACUUCUCCCCCGAGGAGUGGGGCUGCCUGCGGCCCGCGCAGAGGGCCCUGUACCGGGACGUGAUGCGGGAGACCUGCGGCCACCUGGGCGCGCUGGGAUUUUCAGGCCCCAAAUCCGCUUUUAUCUCUUGGGUGGAAGGAGAAGUGGAAGCGUGGAACCCGGAGGUCCAGGACCCCGAGGGUGAGAGCCCUGGAACUGUCAGCAGAGGCCAGAGACAGAAAGCAGGAUCCAGGGAUGGGAAUGAGAAGAAGGAAAGGGUGAAGAACUGUCCAAAACAAAAAGAGGUGGCGCAUGAAGUGGCUCUCAAGGAGUGGUUGCCCAGCGCCACCUGCCCAGAGCUCUGCAGCAGCCCCAGGCAGAACCCCAUGAAGCCCUGGCUCAAGGACACUGUGACGCGAAGACCGCCCUACUCUUGCCUUGAUUGUGACCGCAACUUUAGCUAUCCUUCCCUCCUGGCCAGCCACCAGCGGGUCCACUCCGGGGAGCGGCCCUUCCCUUGCACCCAGUGCCCGGCACGUUUCUCCCAGCGCAAGUAUCUGCUCCAGCAUCAGUUUAUCCACACCGGCGAGAAGCCCUACCCCUGCCCAGACUGCGGAUGCCACUUCCGCCAGAGGGGUUCCCUCGCUAUCCACAGGCGAGCUGACACUGGGGAGAAGCCUUACGCGUGCCUAGACUGCAAGAGUCGCUUCACUUACCCCUACCUGCUGGCCAUCCACCAGCGCAAGCACACCGGAAAGAAGCCCUAUAGCUGCCCCGACUGCAGUCUCUGUUUCGCCUACACCUCGCUGCUGGCCAUCCACAGGCGCGCAUACACCGGCGAGAAGCCCUACCCCUGUCCAGACUGCGGCCGCUGCUUCAUCUACUCUUCCCUCCUCCUCAGUCAUCGGCGCAUUCACUCCGACAGCCGGCCCUUCCCCUGCGCGGAGUGUGGGGAAGCCUUCAAGCGGAAGUCCGCCCUGGAAGCCCACCAGUGGAUCCACCGCUCCUGCAGCGAGAGGUGCGGGUGGCAGCAGGCAGCGGUGGGGCUUUCAGAGCCCGUCCAUGUUUUGGGAGGCGAGGAUCCCCCAGUUCACUUCCGGCACUUUCCAGAUAUAUUUCAAGAGUGUGGGCGAUGGUGUUCUCACAAACUGGUCAGCGUUUUCUCUGGAGAGGAAGAGGCCAGGUGAAAUAUCUGGCAAGUAGACACCUGGAGCGCAAGUGUUCCUUGGCUGAAGACCUAGAGGUGACCAUAGAGAGGACGGCGGCCUCAGGUGGGGAACUCUCCGCCCCACUCUCAUUCUGGGGAACUCUCCGCCCCACUCUCAUUCUGCACGUAGUGCACAAACCAUCAAACCUAAUGAACUCUGGAAUUGGGCCAGUCCUUCACUGUAUGGAUUAGUGAUUGCAGCGUUUUUUUCUUCCUCAGAUAUUUGCAUGUUCGCUGGAUUUUGUAUUUUUUGAUAAAGAUGUAUUCUUGGGUCACAGUAGCUGGAAAUAUAAUGCUGGAGGAUUCUUAAUUUUCUAUUUUUAUUUUUAUUUUUUCGAGAUGGAGUUUUGCUCUU